ACACUCGCUGGCUCUUCGCUCUUCUGCGGUCUUGUUUUUUCUCUCCGUGUGGUUGCCUUCUGUUUCUUCUCAUCUUUUCUCGCUGCGCUGCUCUGCGGUGUGACGAGGCCGAAACCUCUCCCCACCCAGUCCUCGCUUUCCUUUUACCCGCGCUGUUCUAUUUCUCUCCUUCGGCCGCCGCCGCCACUGUUGCACAGCUGGUGUCGGUGCCGCGCUUUUCCCCCCACGUCGUUCCCGCAGCCUAUGGCCCAGGCCGCCUUGGGUAUUUCUGCUCAAGGUAACCACAUCCCUCUUUAAAAAUUCCGCCGAAAAAGAGAAGACGCUUUACCCGACUCUUUGGGCCGUUAUCUCACGGCGAACUUUCUGACCAAGUAUACAACUACCCAGAGGGCCUAGGAGAAGUGCUGUAUAGAGAGCAGUUCGAUUUCAACGCGGAGCCACCUUGGGAACCUAGCUGAUGAUAGGGGGGUUCCAUCUCCUAACUUGUCCAUGUAAGUUUUCACAUCUGUGGGGGGUCUUGUAAAAUUGAAGUAAAGGAGGAUGCCAUGUUGCUUAGUCUUUCCCAACUUGAAAUUGUAUUUAUUUCUUAAAGUGCCGCAGCCUUUACAGCUUUUUUUGGUCAGGUUUUAAAAUCGCUGAGAGGUUUGGCAGUUAGAGGUACUGCUUCAGUUGUAUGCAUUGCUUACCAAUGGCUAGAUCACUUAAAAUGUACUUUAUUUUGAAUAUAUGACAAUUACAUUAUUUAAGUUCAUGUAGCAGGAUAAGUUUUAGGAAGCCUUCUUAGUCCAAGUUUUAAUAUAAGUUGGAGAGAGAGUUUUUCUUUGAAUUUAAGAUCUGGAUAAUAGUUUAUCACAUCAUUCAACCAUUUAAGUGGAUUCAAGUGUUUGGGCUUCAGCAGAAAAAAAUAAAAACAUUCUUAAAUAGAGUAAAUUUUCUGGUUCCAUUUCAUUCAUCAAACGUAUAACUCAAAAUGAGCGUGGGAUGUGAGGGAUGAAACUUAGUUCUUUAUUUUCUAGUUACGAGCCUCUUGCCAGACUGAGUGUGAUUUUUCUAGAGUUUAUAUUCUUUCUCAUAAAUUGACUUUAUAAUGCUCAACUGGUAGGAAAAAAUGAUUGUUUUUAGAAGAUUUACUGAGAGAUGGUAUAUGUAUAUCUCCCAGUAUGCCACCUUCCUAAUGGAUUUUCAAGGAUAGUCUUUGACUAUACUUGAGUUUUUACUUGUGGGUUUGAAUUUAGAAUUGAACCCCUGUGCAAACUAUAAUUCCACAGUAAACUGUUUGAAUUUGAGCUGCUAGAUAUGUGUGGUUUGUUUUUAAAAUUGAGAUACCGUUUAUGAACUUCGGUGCUGAUACUGAAAUUUGUUUUUUGUUGUUGAGGUUUGGGUGUUUAAGUUGGCCAGAGACUUGGGAGGGAAUAACAUGAGAAAUUUCACAAGAAAACAAAGUAUUGACUUAAUGUUUCUUUAGUCUGAGGGAGGAAGCAGUUUAAAUACUUGGAUUUCUUGAAAGUUCUGCUGAUUUAAAACCUUGAACUGGAGGCUUCCUAUAUUGGCUUGCUUCUGUAUGACUUAAACAAAUUGCUUAUUUUUUUUUGAAUCACAGUUUCUUUUGCCCUAAACUGGUACAAUGAUUCUCUCUCUCUCUCUCUUUUUUUAAAUGUGUUAUCAUGCAUGUUAUGUAGUGUGGUCCAUGGGUCAACAGCAUUAUCAUCACCUGGGACAGAAAUACAGAAUCUCAGCCCCACCUAAACCUGACUUAGGUGACUUGUGUGUGUAUUAAAGAGAAGCACUAUUGCCACCAUGUCACUACCAAGUCAGUUAUCUUAAUUUUUAUAGAAAGUUGAUCAGUUCAUCUGUUCUAUCAAGUCAGCUUAGAGAGUUAAAACUUUUGGGAGUGGAGUCUAGUUGCCAUUAUAGUUAUGAAUAGAUCCUAAGAUGGAGAUUUAAGAACAUGUUUCAUAUUUUGAGGAGAUUGUAUUAAAGGAUAAGCUUUCUUUUAAUUCAGAUGUCUUACUUUGAUGGAAACUUCGUAUUAUAUAUAAGUGAUAUUUCUAAUGGUAUUUCCUCUAAGAGAUUUGAGAAACUGUUAUCAGUGAACUGACAUACAUUAAUCAUUCUGCCAAAUCAAGGAGUAGUGAAAAAUACUUCGUCAUUUUAAAGUAGUAUUUAUUUAGAGUAAUUAGUAAUAUUAUGAACUCAGAAAGUCCAUACUUUUCCCCUCUUCUUUUUGGGGAAAUAGGAGUGCAUAAACUAUACUUAAGGAUAUUUAUUUAUUAUUCUGCAGGUUGUGGCACCCAGAGUGACUGACACUUUUUAUUAUGCUCAGGUACAACGUAUAUUAUGUUAAAUGAAACUGGUACUUGAUACUUUGCUUUAAAGCUACAGCCUUGGUGGUGCAAGAGUUAAGUGCUAGGCUGCUAACCAAAAGGGUUGGCGGUUCGAACCAACCAGAUGCUCUUCAGGAGAAAAGGCCUGCAAUCUCCUGUAAAGAUUACAGCCUAGGAAACCCUAUUGGGCAAUUCUACUCUGUCCUGUAGGGUCGCUUUGAGUCGAAAUCAACUCGACGGAAAACAACAUUAAGCUACAGGUCCACGGUCCUUUAUGCAUAUAAUACUCAGAUCAGAAGUGUUCUCAAGGAAAAAAAAAUUUAAUAGCUUCCGUGGUUACAGUACCUUCCAUGGUUACAAUAUCUGAUGUGACCUAAACUUGUUUGGGAAGAAAAACUUGACCUGAAUCUGAGCUGAUUUAAGGUUAUUUAUAUCUUUACUUAUCCCAUUUAGUGUUGAUAUUCCUAAAUUUUGCUAUAGAAAUACUGUGGUUACAAAGUGCUGACUCAUAUCCUCCUAGAGAGUGUUUAUAUGACAAAGUAUAUGUUUUAUAUUACCCUUCUAAAAUCUGAGAACUCCUAAAUUCAGAAUAUCUGACCCAAAAGAUUUUUUGACUUGGAUUAGCAAAAAUGGCAAGAGAAUUUCGAAUUUCAGAAAUGUAUUGUUCUUAGAUGCAAUACCAGUUUGCUCUACUGGACAUUCAAAUAAUGAAAUUAAUAUUCUAUGGAACAAUACUAUUUGCAAAACUAUAAGUCAUUAAAGGACUUACACAUUGUCAUUCAUGGAAAUUACUUGGGACAUAGCUUGGCAAAGCGUGUAUUAUAUUUUUUCGCAAAUUAGCGUGCCCACGUAAAUAACGUGCAGAAAUUAUGUAAAAAAAAUGUACCGCGCAUGUCUGGUGACAUUUCCAGAAGUGAAUUUUGGCCUCAUUCAAUAGUACAAAAAUGUUAACUUUUGAUCAUAUUUGUAUAAUGGUAUAAACCGUGGUCAGGAAGUCAUGGAUUGAGUUUGGUAGUACCCCAGUAAUUGGAAAAUAAAAAUAGAGGCAGUGUGUUUGUUUCUGUUAAUGUAUGUUGAUCACUAUAUCCCCACCAAUUUUGAGUCAUCAAUCAGAACCUUGAACCUACUGAAGCCUGUCCAUAAAUCACAUGCUAUCAAUUAAAAGUGUAAACAAAGUGAAGCCUGUACUGGCAUAAAUGACAUCGAGUAGCUAUCAGUAGGAAUCUGGCUUUUAAUUAGAGGAGUAAACAAAGCAAAACUGAUACACAGUUCUCUUGGCUCAACAGUUAAAUGUGAAAACCUUAUCAGAUCAUCUUAAGUGAAACCAUUGCGCUGGUAGGUCUGCUUAUUUCAUGGUCUAAUUGUGUCUUAUUAGCUCCAGUAUCUUUGAUCAGUGAUCAUAAGUCAUCUUAGUCAUGUCUUGCAAGCAUAUAAAAAGGCCCUUGCUUCUUGUACACCUCACAUCAGUUUAUAAAUCUAAAUCUUAGAACCGUUUAGAUCAUGCCAGGAAUUAAACACAAGUCCUACACCACCAAUUUCAAACUGAAAGUCGUUUUGAGGGCAGGAUAAACAAGCAGCAGGGCAGCAGUGAGAGAGUUUGAGAUUGUAGACUUGUCUGUUCAUGAAUGGAGAAAGGAGAAAAAAGGAACUGGAGAAAAUGAAUCUGUGAAAUUGCACACUCGUGGGCCCAAAGUGAAUGGCCUGCGUUGGAGAACGCCUUGAUAGAGUGGAUUAUUUCUCAAAGGGAACAAAAUCAAGCUGUCUUCUACUGUCACGAUUCAGAUGAAAGCGAAGCUUUUAGCAAAUGAAAGGAAUCCCAGAUUUCAAGGCACGUUUCACCUGGAUUUCUAAAUUCAUGAAAAGGACUGACCUUUCUGAGAGAACGAGUACCACUGUAGGCCUGCAACUUCCAGAUGACUGGGAGGAAAAGAUGGUCAAAUUUGAAGGAUUCUAGGAGUUGGAUGAUGAAGAUGGUAAUGAAUAAAAUGGCAUCAUGAGCCUGUUUGGUUCACCAUUGGUUGCAUUUCGUUUAGGAAAAUAGCUACCUUAAAUGAAGUUUCUGUGAGAUCAGUUUUAUCUUGGUAACAUUAAAUCUGUUGGACAGAAAAAAUAUUGAAAGUGAAGUCAGCAACAUGUUAAAAAAAAUAUUGAUAGAGUGCACUUAUGAAAAUAAACACGCAGGAGGUUGUGUGGUUUGCAGAAAAAAUAACACAUGCAUUAUUUGCAUAAAAUAAAGUAACUGUAUGAACUCUGAACUGUGGUGGUGCAGUGCUUAAGCUCUUGGCUACUAACCAGAAGGUUGAGGGUUCAAACCUGCCAGUGGCUGUGUAGGAGAAAAGACCCGGAAAUCAGGUCCCAUGAAGAUUACAGCCUAGGAAACCCUAUAGGGCAGUUCUUCUCUGUCAUAUAAGGUCAAUAUGAGUUGAAAUUGACUUGAUGCCACAGAGAAACAGUACUUCAUAAUUAGUUAUACUUCAGUACAAUUUCUGUACAAGUGGUCUGAGUUGCAGAAUUUGGCUUUAGGGUUAUGUUUUUGACUCAGAUAACUGUUGGAACUUGAAGAUAGUUAAUUCUGUAAGUAUCUGGAAACUUUGGAAGUUUACAUAAAUUUUUCUUUGAAAACUUUAUAGAACGUGUAUAAUAUAGUACAUGAGCCCUGCAGAAACAUCUUAACAAAUAUUUCAGUACCAGUAAUAUUUUAGAUUAAUGAGAUAGGUCUCUAAUUGUGGAAAAGUUGUUGUAUGCCGUUUUUAGAUCUCCUAGGGCUUUUUUGCUUGAUUAAAGCUUUACCAGUGGGCUAGAUUUUCAAGUUAUUUUAGCAGUAGCUCCAAUUAUAAUUAAUAAAUUAGCAUAAUGGAAAAUACAUAAAUACUUCGAUCCAGAAAAACUAAAUUCUCUUCUAACCAGUUACUUCUGUUAGGGGAUCUGCUGAUGAAGUCAGAUUGAGUUAAUGUAUACCUUUUAAUGUUGCAUUGUAUGUACAUAUGGAAAAGGAAUUUAUUUAAUUGAUCCGUUUAAAUGGAUUCUUGAAGAAAUUUUUUUUAAAUUUUUACCUGAUGUUGUCAUUAGUUGACUAUGCUCAUGUAUGUAACUUCACAAGAACAAUGUUUUAAGUAUUCAUAUUGUAUCUGCUGAUUGUUUGUACUUAACUCAUGCUAGUCAGUAGGAGCUGCCCUACCUAAGUUAGGAUUAUUUUACAAGGAAAAUAAAAAUGUUCUUUGUGAAUAUGAUAAUGCUACUUCUUAUGUUUCACUGUUAAUUGUCAGUAGAAAAGAUGAGUUGUUUAAUCUGCUUAUGGAGAAGAAGAAAUUUUGUAAGUAUUUUUAUCCCCUUGGCAUACAUAAAAUAGUAUUUAAUGGUGCCUCGCUGCUUGUGUAAAGUAGUAAAAAUGAUUCUGUACAAGCACAAUGUGAAUAAAUAGCAUGUUAAUAGAUAAAGUUAAGAUUUUGGGGACGUGGCACUCUUUCUUCGGGCAAAUUUGGAAUUUUUUUAAGGAAGGCCGAAAAGGUUGGAAAGCAGUGUAAACCGAAUGGUUCUUACAUUUACUAGAGGAUAGAUAGUAGAUAGUUGGGCUUAGAGAAUUAACAGUGACUACUGAUCUGUGUCCUUGUUACAGCCCCUUUUUUCCAUUUUGCUUCAGUGGAUUCUCCCCCACCCAAAAAGCAUUUUGGGACACUCGGUAUGAGGUAUUGUUUAUCUGUGAGAAAUGAUUGUAAACUAUAAAACCUACACAAGUGGUAGGCUACUAUUCUAGUCUGACCAUUGUUCAGGUGAGCUGUUGUAAGUGAAGCUCUCACAUACUGGUAAGGUCCAGUUGUGUGCCACUGAGUAGAUUCCGACUCAUAGCAACCAUAUAGGACAGAGUAGAACUGCCCCAUAGUGUUCCUUAGGCUGUCAUCUUUACAGGAGCAGAUCACCGGGUCUUUUUUCCCAGGAGCCACUGGGUGGGUUUGAACCAAUGACCUUUUGGUUAUCAGCCAAGCACUUAACUAUUGCGCUACCAGGGCUCUUUUAAGGUCCAGUAAACACAGAUAAUUUUGUCCUUCAUCUUCAUUCCAGAGUCUUCCAUGCCAGUUUAAUCAGAAUCAAUUUGUUACAAGCCAACUGAAGCAGAUACUUAGUCAUCCCUUUCGCUAAUCCGGGGCCCUGGUGGUGCACUGGUUAAGAGCUCAGCUGCUAACCAAAAGAUUGGCAGUUCCAAUCCGCUAGCUGCUCCUUAGAAACCCUAUGAGGCAGUCCUACUCUACCCUGUAGGGUUGCUAUGAGUCGCAAUCGACUCAACGACAACAGUUCUGGGUUUUUUUGUUUUUUUCUCAUUCAUUCAGUGUUUUUUACAUUAUAGCACAGAUAGAAAAUAUUUGUACAGCAUACUAUUACAGAAGAAUUAGGCUGGUCAGGUUCCGCUUGCCCAGGCACACCCAGCCACCAGGAGUCUGAGGGAAUUUGCCUCUUAACUGACUUGCAGCAGAAAUCAAGGCAAAAACCCUUGUGGAUUGCUCUGCUCUAGUCUUUUCAUCUUUUGUUCAUUGGCUUAUGUAAGUACACAUUUCAAGUCUCUAUUCAGAACUCAUUUGCUGUAGUGUUUUAUUACCUUUAUUCUUUACUGUCCAGCUUUGUAAGCUUGUGAAUUGAUCUUUGUUAUAAGUAGUCCUGGUGGUGCAAUGGUUAAGUGCUUGGCUGCUACUUGAAAGGUUGGUGGUUCAAGUCCAUUCAGUGGCUCUGUGGGAGAAAGACCUGACAAUCUGCUCCCGGAAAGGUUACAGCCAAGAAAACCCUAUGGGCAGUUCUACUCUGUCACAUGGGGUCGAUCACCAUGAGUUGAAAUUGUGCACCUAAUAACAGGAACACCUUCAGCAGAGUCAUUUGGGGGUUAUGAUUUUCUUCACUGUCGUGUGUACUUGAUCCCUGCCAUCCUCUAGAACGGCUCUGUACACUACCCAGUUGGCUAUUCAAAUUUAAUUACAGCUGAAUAAAAUUUAAAAAUUCCUCGGUUGCAUAAACCACAGUUCAAGUCCUCACAAGCUAUACAGGCUAGUGGCUAUUGUGCAGAUAAAGAACAUUUUUGUCAUUGCACUAAGUUCUAUUCAGCAGCACUGCUCUAGAAUAAUUACUGUGAAUGUGAGUAGCACUGGCCAUAAUUAUCUUAAAACAUUUAUUAAUAAGAACCAUACAAAUUAGACACUCUUUGUCCUUUUUCCUUAGAUUGGUCUAAUAAAAAGCUGUUAUUUGCCCAGCAUAUUAGGAUAUAGCUUUUUACUAUGACGUGUUCUCAUGCAGACUGAAAUUAAUAUUAGCUUUUUGAAUAUGUGACAUUAGAAACAUGGCCUCCCAGAUUAACUUUGAUCUAUUUUCUUGCUGUGUUCUGUAUUCUUUAGUGCAAGGAUCUUCUGUGAUGCCCAGUUUGCAAAGAGUGCUAAAUAAGUAUAGUACCAUAUUUCAUCAUCUAGGUUCACAAUGAUUGGCGUGUUUAUCUGGCUAUAAAGCAUUACCAAAAGUAGGGUUGGCUGUCCUAGUAUGUUCAACACAGGCACCAUAACAAAACAAGCCCCAAAUAAAUAACCAAUCCACAAAAUGGGACGUGUGCUAUCCAGAUUCUGAAGAGCUCCUAUAGGUCAGUAAGAAAAAGCAAGAAUAAUAGAAAAAUGAGCAGAAGACUUGAAAACAAUUUGGCAUCAACAACCUAGCAGUUCCACUCCCAGAUACGUGCCCUAGAUUCGAGUGCCUAGAGCAGUGCUAUGGAAACUGCCAGUCAGCAUAAUAGGGGCCAGAAUGUGAAGUAGCACACUGCUUGCUUCGUUGGUGAAGUCCUGCUACUAAAAAAUGAUCAGCUGAUCUAAGCGGUGAUUCUGGCCCACAGGAUGCUUAGCUUGUGGACCAGCUGGUUUGCAGACCAUAGUUUGAGUAGUACUGCCCUUGGAUAUAUAAAUAAUAACAAAAAAGUAUGUUUUAAGUAAUGAAUGUCUAUAAAUAAUAGUGCAAAAAGAAGGGGGGGGCCGAAUAACCCAGAGGUCCAGGUUGGAUAAAUAAACGUGGUAUAUCAAUACAGUGGCAUACUACACAGCAGUGAAAAUUAAGACUCCAGUUACAUUUGUCUGCAUGGAUGGAUUGCAACAUUGGAGACCAGACAGUCAGCAGUUACUCAGAAGCAAGGAUGAGAAGGCAGGGAGGGGAAGGGAAGCUAGAUCAAUGGAAAACAGAGCAGACAGAAUGGAAAUAAUGAGAAUGCUGACACAUUGUAAAAAUUGUAACCAAUAACGCAGAACAAUUUGUAUAAAAAUUGUUAAAUGGGAACCUAAUUCCCUGUAUAAACUUUCACCUGAACAGUAAAAAGUUUUUUAAAAGCAUUACCAUUUUACAUUGCUGUGAAAAUCAUAUAUAUUUCUCGUUUAGUAUUGUGAGACAUUAAAUUGGCUGCCUCACACAGGCACUUAAAACUAGCCUGUUGGGCUGGUUUCUUUUAUGAUCUUUUUCCCACUGAAGUCUCCUGUUUAUUUUUGUUCUUAUUUUCCUUUAAAAAUAAUUCUUCAGUCAUCAUCUUCAGUGUUCUUUCUCUAGAACUUUGAAAUGGAGUAGUUACCUUUUUUUUCAACCUCAUGACUCGAAAAAUGUGUCUUAACAGGUGUUUGUUGCUAUUACUGACUUUCUUCUUGCUGUCAUUUGAAGUAAGCCUUGCCUUGAUUAGCCUAAGGAUUCAGGCUAUUGCUAUUAUUCCUUACUUAUUUUUGGUUUUGGUAGGGCAAAAGUAAGGAGCCCUAGUGGCACAGUGGUUAAAGUGCUCGCCUGCAAACCCACAGGUUAGCAGUUCGAACCCACCACCCACUCUGGGGGAGAGAGGUGUGGCAGUCUGCUUCUGUGAAGAUUUACAGCCUUGGAAACCUUAUGGAGCAGUUCUACUCUGUCCUAUAGGGUCUCUGUGAGUUGGAAUCAACUCAACAGCAGUGGGUUUAGGGCAAAAGUUUAUAUGAUUGUAUGAUUACCACCCAAUUUAUUGGUAUUUUCUAUCCACCAGUUCAUUAUGUAGCUUCUUGGAACUACUUUUUUUUGUGUGUGAUUCAAACCUGCUCCAGGCCUCACAUAGUGCCAAAAUAAUUUUUUAGAAAGAAGCCCCUUCUAAUGUGCUUCUGGCCAAUUAUUUCUAAAGGUUUUCUUUGUGGUAAGUAAGAUUUUUCUGUUGGAAGUAGAAUGUAGAGGUGACUUCAACGGCAUUGAGUGUAGUUUUUAAAAAGCUGUGAGCUGAGUGCUAAGUCAUCAAAUGCCUGAGUAAAAAGAAAAUCAGCCAAGUGAUUAAGGUAGAAAUGCCCUUAUUAGACCAUCUUUAGAGUAACUACAGUAGUUAAAUUUUAAGUUCUCAUUUUUAAUGAAAGUGAUUUAAUGUAUUAAGGUUGGGUUUCCUGCUUAGGUGUCUCUGAAACAGUACUCUCAACCUUUCAGCUCUCCCUGUUCUACUUCCAGGGAGGUCUUCACUUCAGAAAUCCAAGACCCAUAUUCAUCCAGCUUGGUGUCAAGUGGGCGUUGCUGCCAGAAUUAUCUUGUGAUUAUUUGAGAGAUGUAUCAGUUUCUUCUGAAGUACAAUCAACUGUAGAAGCCUUUGUAGCAGUUUGUUGCAUAUUCUAAGGACCCAGACAUAAGGCUUGGUGGCCCGUCUCUUGUUUUUCUUGGUUUAUGACUUUCGGCUUUGUGGGAUACGGCUGAGAUGAAAGGAUUUAUCGACGAUGCAAACUACUCCGUUGGCCUGUUGGAUGAAGGAACAAACCUUGGAAAUGUUAUUGAUAACUAUGUUAAUGAACAUACCCUGACAGGAAAAAAUGCAUUUUUUGUGGGAGAUCUUGGAAAGAUUGUGAAGAAGCACAGUCAGUGGCAGAAUGUAGUGGCUCCGAUAAAGCCAUUCUACACGGUAAAGUGCAACUCCACUCCAGCUGUACUUGAGAUUUUGGCAGCGCUUGGAACUGGGUUUGCUUGUUCCAGUAAAAAUGAAAUAGUUUUAGUGCAAGAAUUGGGCGUAUCUCCAGAAAACAUUAUUUAUAUAAGUCCAUGCAAACAAGUGUCUCAGAUAAAGUAUGCAGCAAAAGUUGGCGUGAAUAUCAUGACAUGUGACAAUGAUGUUGAAUUGAAGAAAAUUGCACGUAAUCAUCCAAAUGCCAAGGUCUUACUACAUAUUGCAACAGAAGAUAAUAUUGGAGGUGAAGAGGGUAACAUGAAGUUUGGCACUACACUGAAGAACUGUAGGCAUCUCUUGGAAUGUGCUAAGGAACUUGAUGUCCAAAUAAUUGGGGUUAAAUUUCAUGUUUCGAGUGCUUGCAAAGAAUCUCAAGUAUACGUACAUGCUCUAUCUGAUGCCCGAUGUGUGUUUGACAUGGCUGGAGAAUUUGGCUUCAAGAUGAACAUGUUAGACAUUGGUGGAGGCUUCACAGGAACUGAAUUCCAAUUGGAAGAGGUUAAUCAUGUUAUCAGCCCUUUGUUGGAUGUCUACUUCCCUGAAGGAUCUGGCAUUAAGAUAAUCUCAGAACCUGGAAGCUACUACGUGUCUUCUGCAUUUACACUUGCUGUUAACAUCAUUGCAAAGAAAGUUGUUGAAAACGAUAAAUUUUCCUCUGGAGAAAAAACCGGAAGUGAUGAACCAGCCUUUAUGUAUUAUAUGAAUGAUGGUGUUUAUGGUUCUUUUGCAUGUAAACUGUCUGAGGACUUAAAUACCAUUCCAGAGGUUCACAAGAAAUACAAGGAAGAUGAGCCUCUGUUUACAAGCAGCCUUUGGGGUCCAUCCUGUGAUGAGCUUGACCAGAUUGUGGAAAGCUGUCUUCUUCCUGAGCUGAAUGUGGGAGAUUGGCUUAUCUUUGAUAACAUGGGAGCAGAUUCUUUCCAUGAGCCAUCUGCUUUUAAUGAUUUUCAGAGGCCAGCUAUUUAUUACAUGAUGUCAUUUAGUGAUUGGUAUGAGAUGCAAGAUGCUGGAAUUACUUCAGACACAAUGAUGAAGAACUUCUUCUUUGUGCCUUCUUGCAUUCAGUUGAACCAAGAAGACAGUUUUUCCACUGAAGCUUAAGCAGGCAUUAACACUUCUUUAGAUCUAAAGUUGCAGGUUAAGCUUGUCUGGUCAACAUUCCAGUGUGGGGGGAAAAAAAAAUUUGAACAAACUUAUUCUGUUAAUUCUCUUGAAAACAAAAAUUAUUAGUAAUAGUUAUUGGGGACCAGACAAAAUCUGCUUUCAACUAUAAUUCACUGGGGCUAAUGGGAGAUUUAGAUAAUGUAUCCAGAUUUAAACUUAACAGUUUGCCCUACCCCUAAGUAUUUAAAAUAAAAUAUGCAACAAAAUGGAUGACUUAGUGGAGAUGGAAGCCCAUUAAUUGGGUUCCCCAUUAAACCGUUUACAUACAAGUACACAGUUUUUAUACUAAGGAUUCGCGUUAAAAAGUCUUGUAAAGUUAAUGUCUUUCACCCAGAUACGCCAGAUGUCAGUGGAAGACUGAUGUGACUUCAUUAGAUACGUUUAGUGUAUUUAGAAUGUGUAAAUUUGUGCUUUGAACUGUAGUUUAAUAAAUGUAAAAUUGCAUCAUAGUGUUUGUUGUAUUUGACCUAAUGUAACCCUUGUAUGAUUGCAAUAAAAUUUUUGUGUAGAUUUUACUGUUUUUUCAGGCUAAAACUUUGGGGAACGGGGCUAGCUUAGCAAAGGUAGUUUUGAAAUAGAUGUGUAUAUGGACUGUUUUGAAGGUUAUUUUUCUUUAUAGCCCAUUUAAGUUUAGUUUGGCUCAGUAUGUUUUUCGAUUAUUUAAUUAGUAAUUUAAGUAAAAUGUUUGGUAAAUCAUUGUGAAGUUCAGAUUCGUUAUGGAGAGUUGAUGUGCAGUAAGCAUGAUGUUUAACAAUAUUAACACCAGAAAUGUUACUCCUGCAUAAACCAAUUGUAAUAAUUAAUAGGUGUUUCUGUAUAGAUAGAAUGCAUAGAUUAUUACCUUAGUGAAUCUUUGAUUUCCAAAUCUUUCGUCUGAAAUGGAAGAUUCUAUUAAAUACUUUCAGUAAACUCUGGGGAGAGGGAAAUAAAACUGCAGAGCGCUAAAAUUUAAAAGAAGGGCUACACCCAUAUCCAGAAACCUACUGUUCUUUUUGCAUGGAAUAUUAUUUAAUUUCAGAGUUGAGGAGGUGUGGGUAAAGCACACUAGUUUCUUCAAUUUCUUGAUUGCAAUGCUUUUUUUUUUUUUUUUAAAUCUAUG